ACAAAAUUUCUCCCCUAUCUGUCAACAUAGAUUUCAAGACGUAAACUUAUCGAACAGCAAUGACACAGUCAAAUUUUCAAUAAUUCAAUAGUACGAUUCAUAUUCAUUCAAUUAUUGGCUUAAAUUAUAACGAGGUAAAGUGUUAUCGUGUACAAAUUGUACGUUUCAAUGACAAUUCAAGUGAAUUUAGUCAUCGGCAGCUGAUAGUUUCUCACAGUACUUGUUGUUUGCGGAUGGGAAGACAUUUUUCAUUACUUGGCGAGGAACUAAGGGGUGUUGGCAAAGAUCCACAGGUGAGUGUGGCUUAUCGGUAAAAAACGCCUACGCUGACCAAUACUAAAAAGGUGAGGUACAGAGAGUGUGAAUUUGAUCUCAUAGCCCCACUAAUUCGCCUGUGAGCAAACCGUCAAUUGAGCAGAGCAGCAAAUCGCAAACGAACAGUGACAGCCAGAGACUCGGCAGUGACUUCCGCGGUUGCAUUGGAAACGACUUGGUAGUUGAUCAUUACUUGUGAUUUCGUGCAGAAGGCUGCGUUAGUCAAAUUCGCAAUCAUGAUCCGUGAUGCCAAUGUACCAAUUAUAUGGGUGCUUGGUGGUCCUGGCUGUGGUAAAGGAACUCAGUGUGCUAAAAUCGUUGCCAAAUACAACUUUUCACACUUUAGUACUGGAGAUCUUCUCCGCGAUGAGGUUGGAUCCGGCUCGGAAAAGGGCAAGGAGUUGCAGGACAUGAUGAAACAGGGCAUUCUGGUGCCGAACGAAACGGUGCUAAAGCUGCUGGAAGCAGCGAUGGAGAAGGCACUGUCGGGUACAGUUGGUUAUUUGAUCGACGGUUAUCCACGUGAACCAGCCCAGGGACCGGAGUUCGAGAAGUUCAUCGCUCCCGUUGACAUUAUCCUCUACUUCGAGUGCUCCAAUGAAACAUUGGUGGCAAGAAUUUUGAAGCGUGCAUCCGAAUCAGCCACGGUUCGUGCAGACGACAACGAGGAAACUCUGAAGACUCGAAUUGCCACAUUCCGAGAGAACACUGAAAAGAUCCUGCUGCAGUAUCCAACACAGCUCAGAAGGAUUAACGCUGAACGUUCUCCAGAUGAGAUUUUCUUGGAUGUGGAGAAGUCAAUUGACGAACUGCUAGCCCAGAAAGGCAAAAAGGCCUAAAUUCGGAAGACAAAACAAAAAGCCCAACCAAAUAUUUUACACCUAUCAAACAUUUUUGUGUGCGAUAACAUAUGUUCCAGGAAUUAUGAACGUCCUAUUCGUCAAUUGUUCUCGGGAAUGUCUCUAACAAUUUUUUUUAUUUCGAACAUAAAAUUCUAAGCAAUUUAGUUUCAUAAUUACGUGAACAUAUGAUAUCUCACUGUCUAAAACAGGGGGUGCUGCUACUGGCUUUGUGCACAUAUGAUUGCGAAAAAGUAAUCAUAGUAUAUUUAUUAAGAAACUAUCCACUGUUUUGCUCUAAGGAAUUUAAACUAUCAACUCCACUUUCAGCCAAUCAAUUACGCUUAACGAGAGCAAAUUUCUAGCAAUGUAGCCAAGAAUGUUCGAAUAGUGAUACCACAAACAAUAACAUCUUUUUAGCGUAGCACAAACUUGAUUCUAUCUUUGUUCGGCUCUAAGAUAUAUGAUAUUGAAAGUUUAACUGUCAUUUUAGAACUGUAGUAAGAACAAAAAUUACCAAAGAUUAUCGAGUAACUAUUUAAGCUAGUUUUUAUUCAAUAAACAGAAUCAUGAAUUUGUUAUAUGUGUAAAA